CAAAUCCCGAAGGAGAUUAGCGCGGUCCCCACGCGCCCGACCAAAACAACCGCGUGCGAGAAUCCAACCCACCACUCACCACCUCCGACCUAUGCUGCGCUCCCCUUGCGUAUCUUUUCGCGGAACUGAAUAACGACAUCGCAUAAUCUGCUGUUCACUACCUGCAGCACUGCACCUUGACGCGACCCGCGCCUAACAUUCCGCCCACCGCCAACCGAUUGCCCCGAGCACCGACAAGCUUGACCGUGCCACCACCAAUAUACACGCCAGCUGAGGGUUAGGCGACUACUCAAAACGAUUCAAUAGUUGUAUCGCGAGUCAGUUGAGCUGCCCAGAGGAGUUAAUUCAGGUUCGGCAUUCUUCCGAACAGGGGAGUUGAGCUUGUUGAUUCUCCAGGAAGCCUCUUCAACCAGGGGUAUUCGGCUGGAGAAAAAGACAACACGAAGCAACUAGCCAACGCAGAUACGGAGGGUACUCUCUUUCAUCUCGACCUUUAUCAGCGACCAAAAGAACCCCGCGUGCACCCCUCCUGACAUGACAAUCGCGGUCCUGGCGACUACUACGACUACCACAAAGCGUCGCGAACCGCUGGGGACGAUUACAAUGGCGGCCCCAAAGGCGCAAUCGCAAUCCGCGGGCGCGUCCAAAGGCACAGUGGAACGGAGGACUACGCGAUUAAGCGCAAGUAAUCAAGGGCUCGAGGAGAUGACAAAGGACGGGAAGCGGAAAACUGUGCAAUACGAGGAGGAUGAUGGAUUUCAAUUCUCGCGGAAACCCUCCAAGAAGCCCCGGCCUUCAAUUAAAGCGAUUCCCGAAAACCUCAGUUCGGAUAUUGAGAAUGCGCCUCCAAAGUCAACACCGAGACGAGGGCGGCCACCGAAGAAGCGACCCGAAGACAAAAGUGGUCCUAGCGGGAUGCCAGCGAAGGGGGUAUCCAUGGAGCUCCCGAGUAGGAGACCAACGAGGGGGCCGGGGAAGACGAACGCAGAAUCAGAAGCUCAACCCCCCAGAACACCAGCCAGAGGCCAAGAAACCAAGGAAAGGACGACCCCCAAAGCGAAAGCGCCAGAGACGAACGGAUACAAUUCACCAGAACAACCGCCCGCGGGAACCAAGGUGGCACUACCUACGGCCGAUACCCCAGUGAUCCAGCGCAACAAGGAGCUGCGGGGUGGGAAGGGCGAUAAAAAAGGACGACGAAGCAGCUUGAGCAGACGGGGACGACGGGCCAGUGAUUUAAUUGACUCGGGUACAUCAAACGCAUUACCCCAUCGAGAAGUCAGUGUGGCAGAUUUCUAUAAACACAUCGCCGAUGAAGGUCUUCCGGAGCCGCGAAGGAUGCGCCAGCUUUUGAUCUGGUGUGCGACUCGUGCGCUUGGCGACAAGCCUUCAGGGGCCUCAAAUUCAGAUGACCAAAGUGCGCGUUUAGCAGCGCGUGUGAUACAAGAGGAGCUACUCCGGGAAUUCUCGACCAAUUCAGAGCUUUCGAACUGGUUUUCUCGCGAAGAGUUGAAUCCCCCAGCUGUGAUCGUGAAGAAACCGAACCCACGAAACGUGCAGAACACAGAUAAGAUCAAGGAAUUGGAGGAGCACAUCCAAAAACUACAAAAAGAACGACAAUCCCUCAAUGCAAUCCUUCGUCAACCAGCGAUUCCAGCUCUCAAAUCCGCGUCGCAACCGGACGAUGAGCAAAAGACGAAGCGAUCCUCCCAGAAAUCUAGGGAAGAAGUCGAUCCCUCUCUUCUAGACCCCUCUCAACAAGCGAUAUUGAAAUCUCUCAACCCUCCGACUCAGCCAUCAGAAGAGGAAUCUUCUUCUACCUCAUCUUCUUACCGACCACCUAUGACCCCAUCUGCCGUCUCAUCCCAACUAUCACGCAUUACAGCUGGCCUAGCACCAACGCUCGACGCCUUCGCGGCUGGUGUACAUGACAUUGAACUGUACCGCGCUUCUGCAGACACCGUCUCAUCCCGAAUACUCCGCAUUUGCUCACAACGACUGGAAGAGCGCGACGCGCACAAUACACAAAGCCGUCUCACAAUCGAAGGCGACGACAGAAACCAGCCAGCAGAUGUGCCAAGGCCACGAGAAGACCUGGGUCUUAUCCUGGGAGCUCUCAGCCGACUCGAGAGGCGAUAGAACUGCCGUUUGUCUACUGUUUACGGGGAUUCAUUCUCCCUGGUUAUACCCUCAAUAAGUUGUUUUCUGGCGAUUCUCCGUUCGUCUCUUUUCUUCUUUUUCUUCCUUCUCCGAUCUGGGAAUUACUGCGAGGGUUCACUACGAACGAACUGAUAGCGAUGAUUUUGAUGAGCUCCAGUCCACACCGUGGGGCUGGGGAAAGGCGCAUUUACGGGGUUGGUUGGGAUAGCAUUUACAUCGUUUCCAC